CCCCUCCCCUGGCUCUCGUUCGGUCUUGUUUCGGUCUUCCCUCGUCCACCCUCGUUCUCGUUCUCGUUCAAUCUACCGGCCUCUCCUUCCAUCCACAACCCGCCGCGAUGCUGUCCACACCUGCAGGAGCCCCAGUGCCGAUUGAGGACGUGCCCGUUGCCCCCCCUCGCAUCGAAUCCAAGCGGAGUGCCGUGCGGCCGCUCUCCGAGUACGGUCCCCUCUCCAACAUCGUCUUUGCCACUGCCCCGCAGUAUAGCCAGCAAGCGUCCUCGCCUCAGCUCAGCCAGCUUUCCCUGUCGCUGGAAUCGCAGCCUUCCUUGGUUCCGCAUAUCCAUGUCCAAGCUCCCGACGACUCCUCGGCACAUCUCCAGGGCCAAAUUGGCUCGCCCACCUACAUAGUCGCUCCGCAGUAUGGCCAGACUCUGCCGCAACAACCCCUCAAGUCGUCGCCCAAGCCCAUAUAUGUCCCUAUGCCCCAACACAUCCAAACCUCCACGCCCCCGGCUGCCCAUCGCGGGCCACCUCCACCAGUCUCAGCGCUCUCGCCUCCCAAGGAUGCCCCUGUCGCGGCCCCUGCAAAGAAGAAAAAGAUCUUUGGCCUGAACAUACUGUCUUCUCGAAGGCGGCAAGGCCAGCAGCCCAAUGCCGGGCCACAGCGGUCCCUGACAGACGAACCUAUUCAAAUGGACGACGAUCCUGUCCCCCAGUCUCCAACCUUCGAAAAGUCUGUCGACGAUCUCUAUUCGCCGGGCGCCACUGGCCGACUGCUCCAGCCCGGAAGCCCGAUGCGGAGCUUGUCUGUCGACUCGGCCACGACCCCGGCCUCGUCCAAGUCAAGCACCCUGAGCCGGCUGCAGGACAUGUCUCGACAGGGCUCGCUGAACCCGUCCGAGAUCUCCCGCGCAGUCUACAUGGAAACCCUCAAAUCCCUCGACACCGACGUCUCGGCGCAGUACACAGCCGGCGUCCUCUUUGCAGCCAGCCUCGAAGACGCAGCAAAGCGGUCCGGUCGAGAGCAAACCGGUGUCUGCACGGUCGUCGUCACCUGUGCAGAGUUUAUUGAACGCUAUGGAAUGGAGCUGGAGGGCAUCUAUCGCAAAUCCGGUGCCCAGUCCCGCAUAUUUAUGUACGAACAGUCGUUCGAAUCUGGCGAAAAUGUCACCUUCAACGGCGAAGGCCCUCAUACGGUUGCGGGAGUCAUGAAGCUGUUCUUGCGCAAGAUUCCAGGGUCGCUGCUCGGCAGCAAUCAGCUGCGCGACGAACUGACGGCUCUGAUCACUGCAGGCUCGAGCAACCCCUCGGAUCCACGGCUUGUCAACCUGUUCCGGACCACUCUAAUCGAGGCUCUUCCCAGCCGAGCCCACGUCGAAACUGUGAAAUAUGUCUUUAGGCACUUCCGUGCCGUGUCUCAGCGGUCGUCGGUCAAUCUGAUGACCCCCAACAAUCUGGCUCUUUCAAUCUUCCCUCUGCAAGCCGCUGUGGCCGAGUUUAUCAUCCAGAAUUGCCCGCUGCUGUUCCCCGAGGACAAAUGAGCGGGUCUUCUUCCUUCUUACCCACACCCCUAACACGUUGCAAGCGGUGAUAUCUCGAGACCGAUGUGGACAAACUGGCCCCCGCGCUUAUCAGCAGCCUGCUACACGAACAGGGCUGCCCCGCUAUUGGGAGACGCUCGUCGAAACCUGUGCAAGAGUACCACAGCGCAUCCCCUGUGUCAUUCACGGCUUCUGAAACUUGAGUCACACUUUUCCUCACUAGGCGGAAGCCGCCAGUGUCGGUGCCGCU